AUGUCUCGGCGCGGCGCCGAGGCACAGAGCCGCUGCGAUGCAGCGGCGGCAAGGCACGGCGGCGAAAGCACCAUCGCCGGGCAGUCUCGGGGUGGCGUGGAGGGCCACUCGAGCUCUGCCGGCGGGGCGGCCGCCGCUCACGGGCACGCGACGCGAGGAGGCGUCGCCGAGGGCGUCGAGGAGGCGCUCGACGAGGCGCGGCCGCGGGCCGGGUCCUCUCGGAGCCGCGGAGGCGCCGCUGCAGGCGGCGGCGGCGAGAGCGAGGUCAGCAGGCAGAGCGGCUGUGGCGGUGAGGGCCAUACGGGCUCUGCUGCCGGCUCGCUCGCCUCUCUCGAGGACGCGACGGCCGGGACAGCCGUCGCUGCAGCCAGCGGCACCGCGCCGCCUGACGAGCCGCGUCCGUGGACAGCGGCGAGCACCCGCUGCUGGGCGAGGGCAGCGGCUCAAGUCGGCGUCGAUGGCGCCGUCGCCGCAAAGCGUGAUCGAGAUCGCUUUGGCGGAGGCGCGAGCGACGCGGUGCACGACGAGGGGGCGAGCCUCGUCUCGGUGGGCGGCGGCGGGCCGCCUGGCAUGUCUCGGCUCGGCGCCGAGGCACAGAGCCGCUGCGAGGCAGCGGCGGCAGCGCGCGGCGGCGGAGGCACCAUCGCCGGGCAGUCUCGGGGUGGCGUGGAGGGCCGCUCAAGCUCUGCCGGCGGUGCGGUCGCCGCUCACGGGCACGCGACGCGAGGAGGCGUCGCCGAGGGCGCCGACGAGGCGCUAGGCGAGGCGCGGCCGCGGGCCGGGUCCUCUCGGAGCCGCGGAGGCGCCGCUGCAGGCGGCGGCGGCGAGAGCGAGGUCAGCAGGCAGAGCGGCUGUGGCGGUGAGGGCCAUGCGGGCUCUGCUGCCGGCUCGCUCGCCUCUCUCGAGGACGCGACGGCCGGGACAGCCGUCGCUGCAGCCGGCGGCACCGCGCCGCCUGACGAGCCGCGUCCGUGGACAGCGGCGAGCACCCGCUGCUGGGCGAGAGCAGCGGCGCAAUUUCGGGGUGGCGUGGAGGGCCACUCGAGCUCUGCCGGCGGUGCGGUCGCCACGCACGGGCACGCGACGCGAGGAGGCGUCGCCGAGGGCGUCGACGAGGCGCUCAACGAGGCGCGGCCGCGGGCCGGGUCCUCUCGGAGCCGCGGAGGCGCCGCUGCAGGCGGCGGCGGCGAGAGCGAGGUCAGCAAGCAGAGCGGCUGUGGCGGUGAGGGCCAUGCGGGCUCUGCUGCCGGCUCGCUCGCCUCUCUCGAGGACGCGACGGCCGGGACAGCCGUCGCUGCAGCCGGCGGCACCGCGCCGCCUGACAAGCCGCGCCUGUGGACAGCGGCGAGCACCCGCUGCUGGGCGAGAGCAGCGGCUCAAGUCGGCGUCGAUGGCGCCGUCGCCGCAAGGCGUGAUCGAGAUCGCUUUGGCGGAGGCGCGAGCGACGCGGUGCACGACGAGGGGGCGGGCCUCGUCUCGGUGGGCGGCGGCGGGCCGCCGAGCAUGUCUCGGCUCGGCGCCGAGGCACAGAGCCGCUGCGAGGCAGCGGCGGCAACGCGCGGCGGCGGAGGCACCAUCGCCGGGCAGUCUCGGGGUGGCGUGGAGGGCCACUCGAGCUCUGCCGGCGGUGCGGCCGCCACGCAUGGGCACGCGACGCGAGGAGGCGUCGCCGAGGGCGUCGACGAGGCGCUCGACGAGACGCGGCCGCGGGCCGGGUCCUCUCGGAGCCGCGGAGGCGCCGCUGCAGGCGGCGGCGGCGAGAGCGAGGUCAGCAGGCAGAGCGGCUGUGGCGGUGAGGGCCAUGCGGGCUCUGCUGCCGGCUCGCUCGCCUCUCUCGAGGACGCGACGGCCGGGACAGCCGUCGCUGCAGCCGGCGGCACCGCGCCGCCUGACGAGCCGCGUCCGUGGACAGCGGCGAGCAACCGCUGCUGGGCGAGAGCAGCGGCUCAAGCCGGCGUCGAUGGCGCCGUCGCCGCAAAGCGUGAUCGAGAUCGCUUUGGCGGAGGCGCGAGCGACGCGGUGCACGACGAGGGGACGGGCCUCGUCUCGGUGGGCGGCGGCGGGCCGCCUGGCAUGUCUCGGCUCGGCGCCGAGGCACAGAGCCGCUGCGAGGCAGCGACGGCAACGCGCGGCGACGAAAGCACCAUCGCCGGGCAGUCUCGGGGUGGCGUGGAGGGCCACUCGAGCUCUGCCGGCGGUGCGGUCGCCACGCACGGGCACGCGACGCGAGGAGGCGUCGCCGAGGGCGUCGACGAGGCGCUCGACGAGGCGCGGCCGCGGGCCGGGUCCUCUCGGAGCCGCGGAGGCGCCGCUGCAGGCGGCGGCGGCGAGAGCGAGGUCAGCAGGCAGAGCGGCUGUGGCGCCGCGUCCGUGGACAGCGGCGAGCACCCGCUGCUGGGCGCGGUCAGCGGCAUGGAUGAGGCGACAGCCCUAUCGUCGGGCAGUUCCUGGAUGGGGGUCAACCGCACUGGAGCUUGGCCGGUGGCGCAGUCGCAGUGCAAGGACCUACGAUGGGUGGGCCCUCGCCUCGAGGUGGAGGUCGCGGCCGAUUCACGCGCGAGACGGUGGAUCGACCUCGACAGGAUUGGCGAUGGGGUUGUGCUGUCUUCCUCCUCCUCCGCCGUGUGCCGGGGAGUCGAUCAGGCAGUUCACUUUGGGGGCUACGGGUAUCCCCCCUGGCUAUACUUUGAGAUUAGGCAUCAAAAGUGGUUCACAGUGGAGGCGGUCGCCGUCCUACAGGGAGUCGGCCGGCGCGAAGCGACGACCGCCGAGCUUUAG